AUGCCGUCGCGUGCAUCGGCUGGUACCGCUAUACGCCUGCAAUCGCCGCGGUGCAGAACGGUGCGAGGACCAAUCUCCCGUGUACUCCUCGCAGUCAGUCGGUCAGUCGGUAACGGUACGCCAGAUGUUUACAAGAUACUUGGAGGUACCAGGACGCGCCAACCAGACUACGAUUAUUCGUACGUGAAUAGCGAUAUAAAUGAAAAUCAGGAGGAUCUCUACGUCGGUCACGGCGGUGACCCGUGGAGCGCUUCCUCAACGCGUAUUUACGAAAAGGAUAUCUACGUGCGCGUCGUAUCAUCGAACAACACGACGGUGAACAGCACGAAGUCCAAAUCCGCAACGAGUGGAAGGGCAACCGCGAGCCAUACGAGAAUCAAAAGAGGAGUGAUACACCUUUACAACAUGGUGGUGUGCGCAACGGGAUGUAAUCCUCUAGCUUACAAGGGAUACGGCUGCUACUGCGGAUUCUUAGGAUCCGGUUACGUCAUCGACGGUAUCGAUCAGUGUUGCAAGAUGCACGACUGGUGCUAUGACGCUACGGAAUGCCUCAUGUUCUCAGAAUACUUUGUACCAUAUUACUGGAGAUGUUACCACGGUUACAAACCCGUUUGCGCGAUCGAGCAUGGCAGCUGGGGAGGAUCGGGAUCUUGCGCUCAACGUUUGUGCGAAUGCGAUCGUUCGUUGGCCGAGUGUCUGAGAAGAUAUCCUUGCCCUACUACCAAAGCAGUUUGUACCUCGUCACCGUGGAGACUCGUGCAGAAUCUCUUCAUGAUUAUAUAAAUCACGUACUUUAAAGAGAGCAUAGGUCACGCGUUUUAAAACGCAACAAAUUCGCUUUUUACUUUGUACGACUUCGAGAUAAAACGUCUCAUAAUAUCUUAUUUAUGAGUUGUACGUAUCGUGUCAAAAGAGUCUAAUUAUCAAAGGCCGACAAAUUCGGAUACCAAAGAAAGUACAGAUUUACUCCUACAAAUUGUGCAAUUUUACAAAAGGGUAUGCGCUACGAUCAACAACGGUUAUCGUCACACUGUAGUGUCUCUUU